CAACUAUUAAAACUCGACAACUUCACCCCUUGUGUCAAAUUCUGUUUAAAAAUUGGACGGCAACGAGUGAAAGGACAAUUAUACCCUUUCGUAUGUUAAAAAUAGUUUUCGUACUGAGAAUCACUAAAUCACUCGCACUUCUCUUCUACCCUUUACAUCGCCGACCCUCUCACUCCUCUCCUCUGAAAACCAGUUGAGAGAACAGAAAACCAGUCGAGAACACCAGUCGAGAAACACGAUGAGAACCCUACAACCCACAUGAAAUCAUCGACUUCCACCCACAACCGACAGCUUAAUUUCUGCUCGCAGCUUCGAAAACCCUAAAGUGUGGACAAACAACCGGCCGUUUCUGCGAUGUCCACCAUAGAAAACAAUCUUGACUUUAGGUGUACUUUGGAAAUUCAUGUUGGUGGUAAACUUGUGAGGGGGGCCCAGGUUGAAUACUUGGGUGGGUUUGUUGCACAAAGCAAGGAGUGUGAAGUGGCAGUGGAAACAACAGUGAUUGGAGGACAUGAAAUUGAAGUGCCAGAGGAAACAAGAGCCAAUAGUGGGAGAGGUGGUGGUAGAGGAGGGAGAGGAAGUCGAGGGAAGAUUGCCAGAGGAGGUAAGAGUGCUAGAGGAGGGAAGACUACUAGAGGAAGUGGUGCAAUGGUGGUUGGAGGCACGGGAAGAGGUGGUGAUCCUGCAUCAAAGCAUGGCACUAUUGCCCCAAGAGGUAAAGGAAGAGGAAGGGGUGGAACCUCUGCUCCACUUCAUGGAGUUAUGAUUAGAGAAACAAAUCCAAACACUAGGACCCAUGUUGGAAGAGACAAAGGUGUAAACUGUGGGAAGGGUAAACAACCCAUAGUUUAUAGAGGCAAAUCACCAACAACAAGGUUUGGAGGUGCUCCAAUGGUGGGUCUGCCACCACCACAGGGAUGGAGAAGAUCCACAAGGAUGGGGAAUGCCCUUUUUUGGACUCAGCCAGAAACAACUUCAUCUGCAGCAUCAUGUGGCAGUGGUGGUGGAAGUGGCAGUGCCACAAUGCCGACCACUCAACCAUCAAGUUCAACCCCAAGUACCCAGAAAUCAGCCACUUGAAUCUGCUUUACGGAAUGGAUUAGGAUAAGUCUUUUAGAACCAAUGUGUAAUGUUUAGGAGUCUUUUGGUUUAGGAUAAGUCUUUUGGCACCAAUGUGUAAUGUUUACACACAGUUGGAACAAUGUGUAAUCCAUUAACUAUUACUUUAAUGUUUCUUUUAUGGGUUGGAAUUCAAAUAUUAGCUAUUGUAUGCAAUCAAUGUAAUGUGACACUUGACUGGAAUACUUAUUGGGCCAUUUUUAUUGGCUUGCCAA